CCUGUGAGAGUUGGAACAGAACCCAGUUCAAAGCACACGACUCUCGGGCUGCUGCAGGGGCAGAAGAUGGAUCGUAACCAAAGGGGGAAGAUGGUUCUUUCUCUCGGUUGCUUCGUCCUGAGUCAUGGGAUGCCCGGUUCGGAGAACAAAUCGGUGUGCCUAACGGGAAGAUGAAUUAUCCGCAAACCGACAGGGAAGAGAAAGUGCUGAACGAGGAGCUGGAGUGCAAAAUCUGCUACCAGAAAUUCAACCUCCAGAGUCGCAAGCCCAAACUCCUGGACUGCCUCCACCGAGUGUGUGCAAAAUGCCUGACUAAAAUCCUUCAGGUGGGCAGCGGCUCGCUUCACAUCAGCUGCCCUUUCUGCCGGCAUGAAACGGAGCUGUCGGAAGAAGAGAUAGAAGGGCUCCCGGAUGACUUGAAUAUCUUGUCCAGGCUGGUAACCAAAGACAAGUCGACAUGGAAUUCAGAGUGCAAGGAAGUUCUCCUGACCCCAAAGACCUUGGCUUCAUCAAGUCCUUCGCGGGGCUCCUCAAACUGCCUGGUGAUCACCAUCAUGGAAGUACAGAGGGAUUCCCCCCGGACUCCCAGCCAAAACACCCUCUCGGAUUAUUACACCGAUCACAGCCUGGACUCAGAAUCUGUCAACUCCACCAACCAGUUAGACCAGGACGUUUUCUCCAAGCUCUGUAACCACGUCCCCAGGAUACUAGUCUGGCUCCUUGGCUUUUUUUAUUUCGGUUCUUUGCCCCUUGGUAUCUAUUUAUUAGUGAUUCAGAAAGUCACUCUGGGAAUUGUCUGUGUCAGUCUUGUUCCAUCUAGUCUCACGGUGUGUCUUGUGUACGGCUUCUGUCAGUGCCUCUGCCAGGGAAUGUGCGACUGUUCUUCUAGGAAUUGAUGCCAAACACAGGAGGAUAUUGAGACAGUGCAAAGUCUGCACGAUUUUUUUUUUUAAUGUGAUUGUAAGUAAAAAAAUUUUAAAAAGGACAUCGGUCUAUGAACUGGUGUUUUCAGCAUUCCAUUCUUCUGACUACAGUAAUGAAUAAAGAUGAUCUUUCUAGAAAAGAUAUAAAUCUUUCUGUGGGAGAAGUCUGACAUCUUGAAAAUGCAAUAUUGUCUUAUUGGAUUGAAGCUGCUCAAAGCACUGGCUGACGAGGAGGAGAAAUUGAAUUGAUGUCUCUGAAUGCAUCCUUUUAAUAUAUUUUGAAGGCUGCCUCUUACUCAAUCACAAGUUGGACCAGAAGCUAGUGAGAAGAAUGUUUU